AUGUCCCUGACGCUCACCCUGGCGCUGCCCCCUCCCGCGCUGAUGACGAUCCCGUCGAAGCCGCGGAGGGUGGCCCGGUGCUCGCCCACCGCCACCGGCGCCGACAGCAGCACGCCGCCUUCGCCGUGCACCGAGUGCGGCAAGCGGUUCCCGUCCUGGAAGGCGCUCUUCGGCCACAUGCGCUGCCACCCGGACCGCCAGUGGCGCGGCAUCACGCCCCCGCCCUACCUCGUCCGCGCCCCACCGGGUCCGGGGGCCUCCGGGCAGUGCUUCAGCGUGCAGGAGCGCGAGGUCGCCGCCAGCCUCCUCAUGCUCUCCUCCGGGAAGGGGAAGAAGAAGACCGCCGCCGCUUCUGCUUCCGCUUCUCCUGGUCCUAGCGCGACGACGGCGGAGAACUGCGAGGAGCACAGAUGCGGCGUGUGCGACCGAGGGUUCGCGAGCGGGCAGGCGCUGGGAGGCCACAAGCGGUGCCACUGGGAGAGGGCCGCCUGCGCAGCGGUGAUCGGCGGCAAUGGCGCAGGCAGCAGCGGAGCCGCGUCAAUGUCAGUGCAGGCGGCUGCGGCGGCGGCAGGGGCCGCGCUUGAUCUCAACCUGCCACCGCCGGUGCGGGAGAGCGACCAACCCGGCAGCAGCCUGAACGAGAUGCUGGAUUUGAAGCUUGGCUAUUAA